AAGACGUGAAGGGUUACACUUCGUGAGGAGCGACUACAACACGGACACGAAAGACGACACAGAUGCAGAAAAAGGUGCUGACGCUUUUCUUUCGCAAACAGUCGAAGGAGCGCGUCCUGAGUUCGGGUCUAAUAUUCCAGUUGGAUGUUUUACGAUAUUUUCAAGAUAUUAUAUUGAAGCGAUACAUUGAUUUUUAUGUUAAAUGGAGGGUUUUAAACUCAGCGAUUUAUUGCUUUAAAUAUUCUUCUUGAACACCAUCGCUAUAAAAAAGGCAUUUGUUAUAUUGAUGGCCGAGCCUAAGCUCGUCGUUUUUCUAUAUCUGUUCGUCGUUGCUUCGCUUGCUGAUGUUUGCCAAAAGAAGAUUUGUUCUUGUACUUACGAAGCAUUAAAGAAAAACACCGGUAGAAAAUAUCAUCGAGUGAACUGCCGUAGCAGAGGACUGACCAAAGUGUUCGCGCAAAGUGAGCUGCCAAAAAAUACACAAAUCUUGGAUCUUGCUAAGAAUUCUAUCAGAGUUAUAAAACGAGGAUUUCUCGAAGAUCACUUCAAAUUGGAGCGUUUAUACCUCCAGAAAAACAAAAUAAAGCUGUUGGAAGAAAAAGCAUUUGUUGGUUUGGAUGGCUUGAAAGUAUUGAAUAUCGGACAGAACGAAUUAAAAAAUUUGGAAGCUCGGGCAUUUCUUGGACUACGAGAACUGAAGAUUUUGGAUUUAAAACACAACGAGAUCAAGAACAUUGACAAAGAUGCGUUUGUGGGCUUGGAAAGUUUGACAAAAUUAAAUUUGCAAAAUAGCAAUUUAUCGACGAUUGCCAAUGGAACGCUACGAGGAUUAAGUACAUUGGAGAAAAUAAACAUUAAAUACAAUCCCCUUCGGUGUGAUUGUCGGCUAAACUGGUUAUCGCUGUACUUAACGCGUAAAGGCGCACCUAAAGUCGUGGGCACAUGUCAAAGGGGAAACGUCUCAAAGCAAUUGACUUCUUUGAAGAAAGUCGAUCUCUGUGAAAAACCUCCCGAAUUACGUAUAUAUCCGAGCGAGAGUCAGAUCGUCGCCGUCGGCGACAGAUUUCGCAUAAAAUGUGAAGUGGUCUCGAAACAAAAACGUGCGCUUAAGUGGACAAAAAACCAUACGUUUUCCUUUCCCAAGCGUUUGAAAAUCUUAAAAGAGCGGAUCGGAUUUAGCGAGGUACUUUAUGUGGAAAUCGUCUCCAUUACGAUGGAGGAUCUAGGUCUUUACACUUGCGUUGGCGAGGGACUGGUACCCAAAGCGAUAACUGUCCAAGUGGUUACGUCAAAGAAGAUGUGCUCACGUGAUGUGACGAAUGGUAAGGAGAGAAUGUUAUGGCCAGUGACCGUUCAACGCUCGACAGCCAGUCUGCGUUGCCCUUGGCCUAACAAUCAAAAAAAUUAUACCAGCGUACGUCGACCGUGUGAACACGGAGGAGUCUGGGGACCGAUCGAUUUGGGAAACUGUCGUCUUGAGCCACUGUCUAAGAAGCUGGGAUUGUUGUCACAGAUGCUGGAUGGUCCAGAUUCCAAAAAUAUCGGAGAUGUAACCGAACGACUUGAAAUGUUGACGGAUCCCUCGUCAUAUACGACUGCAAAAGAUAUCAGUCUCGUAAAUAACGUGUUGUCUCGCAUAACAAACAAAGAUGUGGCUACCCAAGGAAAGGUUUUCAAUGACAUUAUGACGAGUUUCGACAAUCUCAUGGAGUUGAACAUGGAGACGAUCUAUGCUUCAGCAUAUGAGGAUGGCUCUCCCUUCGGACUAAGCACGCAGCUCGAGCUCAUGUCUCGUAAGAUGUUGAAUAAUUCAGCGACGCACGUCAUGAGAAACUUCAUGUUAGCCUCUGUCUACCUCGAGAAUCCUGAAUCCAAGAAAAAUAUCACGUGUUACAUUUUCUUUAAAUCUUACCGCUGGUCGCAGCCACGUGGCGUUUCUUGCGAGCCUUCCGAUCGUAAGGAUUAUUCACUGUCCAUAACUAUCCCCUGGACAAUUUUUGAAAGCUCACGAUCAUCUGGUCAUCGCGUGGUGUUCGAUCAUUUGAAAAUCCGGUUUCUCGUCUAUCGCUUGGCGACGUUCUUCCCAAAAGUGAGGAAUACAGAGGGAGCUUUGAAAGAUAAAAACGUAUCAUCGAAUGUUCUCUCCAUUCAAAUACCAAAUAUCAAACAAUUGAAUCUGUCUGAUCCUCUAGUUCUCCAGUUUCGAACUAAGCCUGGGACUGAACCAAUCGUGAGUCAGUUUAAUUUUGUCAAGACCGAUGGCGGUCUUCAUUGGUCGAGCAAUACCGACUGUACGGUUACCGACUCGACGGCUGUAACUGCAACCGUUGAGUGUAAACAUCUUGUGAAUAAAAACAUUGCCAUAAUGUCCCAUCUUGGGAUCGCAAGCAACCUCGCGUAUCCCAUAGAGAUCGUCGUGUACCUAGGUGCUGUUGUGACGUCAUUGUUGCUCGUAGCGACCUUAACGACAUUCAUUUUUGCCAGAGAUCUUCGCUUCAAUCGUGAUGACAUCAUCAUGAUGAUGAAUGCCUGCCUCUCGUUGUUGGUCGUGAUUCUCUCGUUUGCCUUCGGUAUUGACCGUACGCAAAACGGCUUCGUCUGUCGGGUAAUGGGGAUGUUUCUUCACUUCUUUUUCUUCGCAUCAUUACUCUGGCUCGGUUGCUACAUUAUGUGCGUAUCUCGGCGAUUGAACCCUCCGGCUAAAGAUCCCGGAGAAGAAGUCAUAAAUCCGGUCUUGAAAUAUUACAUUGUCAGCUGGGCUCUUCCCGCCAUUAUUUGUGGUAUGACAAUGGCCAUUGACGUGAACAAUUACAAGAAGUCAGACUAUUGCUGGCUGAACGAGAGCUCCGCUUUGGGUGGAUUCGUCGGUCCUGCUUGUCUCUUGUUCAUAGUCAACGCUGUCCUUCUCGUGCGCCUCCAUUUACUCGUCGCUCACGGUGUUCCUCACAGCAGCAGCAACAACGCUGAACCCGAAGAUGAGAGGUUACAGCUCGAAGAACCUGAUGCCAUGGAGGAAAUUGUCAGCGCGAGCGCGAGUGAAGAGAAUGAAGAAAAGUCGAACGUGACUCUUUCUUUGGUUGCCACUUGGGUCGUCAUGUCUUUGAUCUAUCUCAAUUUUAUCCUCGCGUAUUUUCUGCUCAGCGCGAGGACGGUAAAACUACGGUGGAUAUUUUUAAGUUAUAUCUACGCACUCGCGAACAUCGCUCUCGGAUGCGCCAUCUUUGGUUUUCAUUGCGCGUCUCGGUCCGAAGUGCGAGAGGCCUGGAAACAAAAGUGGAAUCGCGUGCUGGCAUUUAAAGUCAAUUUUUUUAAAAGCCGUAUGCCGAAAUUAAACACUGUUGAUCAAAGGAAUGGCGGAGUCGCUGCCAGAGAAGGAACUCACAGGCUCGAAUCCGAUCGACAAUCAAACAUCACCCUACCAUCGUCUGCUGCACUAACAAAUGAUGUUUUUGUUAACGGUCGACCCAUGUCUACGGCUCGACUUUCGUUACUUGACGAAGUUGAUUUGCCGGCGGAAGCCCCUCAAGCUGCAGCUGCUGGAAACGAGGUUGACGUUACGGAGACAGAAAACAAGGAAGAGGAGAGCCGUCGAAGUCUUAACUCGAUUCACUCCGAGAGGAAGUCGAAAAGUUGCGAUGACGAAAACUCUCAAGUUUUAAGAGUAACUAAUUUGGACGGUGCUGGAAAUAGUUUCCAAGUCCCUUCGGAAACGCACGCCAAUCACGUCGACAUCACGGAAGAUGUCACGUCAACAACUGUGGCUGACGAGCUAUCCCAUGAUUCAGCACAAGUAAACAAUACUUCAAAUCCACAUUUGGAUCCAACUUCUUCGUAUGGACAACGACAAUUUCCGAUGACGAACCAAAUGGUUUACCCCCACCCUUGUCAUCAGUUUCGUCCUGUGCAUCAGUCCUUCCCCCCUGGACAGCCCCCUCUUCUCAUAUUGCCCCAACAAACACUGCCGCCUCUCAUGGAUCGCCCCCCUCCCAGUUAUCAAAGAGCUAUAGAAAUGACCUCACAAUCGAGUUCGUCGUUCGGUGAUAACAGUGGACUAUCGCGAUCAAAUUCGAAACGUAAACGUCCUAACGAGGCUCAAGGCUACAGAAAUGAACCAGUUGGGGUUCGGGCACAAAUGCUACUGCAGGCUCAGCCCCAGACCCCAAACGUCAUUGGAGUAGGAAGACCCAAUGACUCAACAAACGCUUGCAAUAGCGCACACCAAAACGCAGGUCCUAGCAACUCCAAACCUGUUAACCGUUAUAGAGAUGGACGUGUUAAACCUGAACCAAAGGAAUGGAAUGGAUGCAGGGAAAAGAAAAUCGCAUAUGUCCCUAUUCCUCAUGUUUCAAAGAUCCAUAGGGAGCCGUCGCACAAUGAAACUAGUGUGUAGUUAGAGAAGGUAGUGCGAGUCUUAUAUAUUCAUGCUAGUCUGUCAUGUGUAAAUGACACAAACCUAACUGGUGUUGUGCUCUGGUUUUACAAAUCUCACAACAUCAGUGGGUAGUUGACAGGUCCACACAUAACCGAAACCAUUUAUGGCCAUGAGUUCAUUUAGUCAGUGGUGUCUAGAAGUGCUUGAUAGGUAAGGAUUGCAUGCAAGAAGUUUUUAUAAAAGUGUAAAUAAAUCAGUCAGUCAUCAAUUUGAACACCUAUUCUUGGGCAAAAUAAAUACAUUUUAGGGAUUAUUGAUACAUUCAUAAAAA